CAGAACCAGGAAACUGAACUGAUGUGCUGUUGAGCUGUUGUUAGUGUCUCUGUGUUGCUGUAUAUGGAGUGAAAUGGCUGAAGCCAGUGUUUUUUCAGUGGAUCAGUUCAGCUGUCCAGUGUGUCUGGAUCUCCUGAAGGAUCCAGUGACCAUUCCCUGUAGACACAGUUACUGUAUGAGCUGCAUUACAGACUGCUGGGAUCAAGAGGACCAGAAGAGAGUCUACAGCUGCCCUCAGUGCAGACAGACCUUCAGUCCAAGACCUGCUUUAGGUAAAAACACCAUGCUGGCUGAAGUGGUGGAGAAACUGAAAAAGAACAAACUAAAAGCUGCUGUUCCUGCUGGAUCUGGAGACGUGGAGUGUGACAUCUGUACUGGAAGAAAACACAAAGCUGUCAAGUCCUGUCUGGUGUGUCUGGAGUCUUACUGUCAAACUCAUUUUGAACAUCAUCAGGAGUUUCGCUCAGGAAAACACCACAAAGUGACUGAUGCCACUGGACGACUGCAGCAGAUGAUCUGCCAUCAACAUGAUCAGAUUCUGGAGGUUUUCUGUCGUACUGACCAGCAAUGUGUUUGCAUGUUGUGUGCAAUGGAUGAACAUAAAAGCCAUGAGACUGUAUCAACUGAAGCAGAGAGGACAGAGAAAGAGAAACACUUGAAGGAGACACUGAAAAAACUCCAACAGAGAAUCCAGCAGAGACAGGAAGAUCUUGAGCAGCUGAGAGAGGCUGUGGAGUCUCAUAAGCGCUCUGCACAGACAGCAGUGGAGGACAGUGAGAGGAUCUUUACUGAGCUCAUCCGCUCCAUUGAGAGAAGCCGCUCUGAGGUGACACAGCGGAUCAGAGAUCAGGAAAAGGCUGCAGUGAGUCGAGCUGAAGAACAAAUGGAGCGACUGCAGCAGGAGAUUGAUGAUCUGAAGAGGAGAAACACUGAGCUGGAGCAGCUUUCACACACAGACGAUCACAUCCAUUUCCUGAAGAGUCUUCAGUCUCUCUCAGCUCCUCCUGAAUCUACAGAAAACAUCAAUGUCAGUUUCCUCUUUUCUUUUGAUGGUGUGAGAGAAUCUGUCAGUCAGCUGAGACACAAACUGGAGGAUUUCUGCAAAGAGGAAAUGAAAAAGAUAUCUGUCACUCUCAGUAACAUUAUUCCCAGGACCAGAGAGGACUUCCUACAAUAUUCCCAUCAGUUCACUCUGGAUCCAAACACUGCACAUAAACGCCUCAGCAUGUCUGAAGGGAACAGAGUGGUAACUUGCACUGGCACACUCCAGCCGUAUCCUGAUCAUCCAGACAGAUUUGAUGGAUACCCUCAGGUGUUGUGUAAAGAGAGUGUGUGUGGACGCUGUUACUGGGAGCUUGAGUGGAGUGGAUCUGUAUAUGGUGUUGGUAUUUCAGUGUCAUAUAAGUGCAUAAGCAGGAAGGGAUCUGGUUAUGAGUGUUUCUUUGGAUUUAAUGAUCAGUCCUGGAGUUUGUCCUGUUCUUCCUCCAGUUUCUCAUUCUGGCACAAUAACAGUCAGACUAAACUCGCUGUUCCCUCCAGCUGCAGUAGAAUAGGAGUGUAUGUGGAUCACAGUGCAGGAACUCUGUCCUUCUACAGCGUCUCUGACACAAUGAACCUCAUCCACACAGUCCAGACCACAUUCACUCAGCCGCUCUAUCCUGGGUUCAAUGUUUAUGGUCGUCAGUCAUCAGCAAAACUAUUAGGUAACGCUUUAUAAUAACAUUCAGUUGUGAAUCAUUUAUAAGUGAUAAUGAUGAAAUAAUCAUUUACAAAACAUUCACAAAUAAUUUAUAAGUGACAUGCUAACAAUUUGUGCUUGUUUUGUUAAUUUACAAGUUAUUUACAAGUAGUUAAUGAUGAACUAAUCAUUUACAAAACAUGACUAUGCAUUUAUAAAUGAUUAAUAAAUGAUAUGUUAACAUUUUUAUUGUAGAUUAAGUUAUAAAUCAUUUACAAGUGAUUAGAAAAUGACAAACUAAUCAUUUACAAAACAUGACUACAUGUUUACAAUGUGAGCAAUAUGCUGACGACUGACAGACAUGUCAUAAGUCAUCUUAAAAUAGCAUAUCAUGAAAUAAUCAAACAGAUAAUAUAAUAAGUAUAUUAUUUCUUCACUUAUAAAUCAAUGAAAUGCUAACAUUGUACUAUAAUUUAAAAAAAACAUUUAUUAAUCAUGGACAAAUGAUGAUAAAACCAUGAUUAGUGUAUAGUUUAUGUAUAUUUCGUUAAAGUUGUAAGCUGGGGUCUCAUUUAGAAAUGUUGCGUAUAUACAAAAUGGGCAUGAAGUAUGCAUACACAAUUUUCCACGCACAUAUCUUGAUUUAAAAAAAAAAAAAAAACUUUGCAUAAAUAUGUACGCUCUAUACGAACGUUCUAGACCGUGCGUCCAAACCAUGCAUAUAAUUUUCAUAUACACGUUUAUAUUAAGUAUUCCACUCUCAUUAAUGGAGUCAUUGUGCAGAAGUUAAAGAAAAAUUAUAUGUAUUAUAUAUUUGUAAUGGAUUCCCUUGAGCAUGUGGCAUGUGGCAUGUUAUGUUUUAAUGACAGCGAGGAGUGAUAUAGGUGCACAACAGUUUAUCUUUAAGCUAAACUGCAAUAUAAAAAUAUUUUUAGGGAGAGCAAUAAUCAAUGAUGCGCACUUACUUCGAUACUAUGGCAAACACUGCUGGAUUCGGUGGUCGAACGGUCCAAAACUGAUCAAUUUAAUUUGAUUUUAAUUGUUUAAAACAAUCUAAAUAGGCUACAAUUUGGCCAGUGGAAAAAAAAUGAGAUGAACUCUAUUCUAAAUAUUUUUGAGAACCAUUUUAAACAGUUUUGUUAUGGACAUUUCGAUAUAGGUCUAUUUAUUGUAAAACAUAACAAGGAUACUGGAUUAUUUUUAGCAAUAAAAUUUUAUGUGUAUGGCACAAAUGGCAUUUAUAGACCGCAUCUUUCCUUAAUGUCUUUUAGCUUUGACGGUGUUAAACAUGGUGUCAUGGGGAAUAUGCAUGGAAAUGAUAUGCAGAUGAGGUUAUGCAUAGUAAAACUAUAGUCACUGUAAGCUCCAUAUAUGAUGAUUUCAGGGAGGAAACGGGGUGGAGAUGCACAUACGCACAAUCUUACCCUGACGGGGUUUAUAAGGGGAUUUUUGAGCAGGUUCUGGCAUAUGAAUUUUUUAGUGCGCAUACAAAAUAUAGCUUUGUUGCGUACGUACACUUUUAGGGUGAAAACUACAGAGUUUUAUAAAUGAGACCCCUGGUCUUUUAAAAAGCACAAAAAUGCAAUUAUGCAAAAACUAAUUUUUUCAAAGAAUAAUAAAUUAUUUGAUGUCAAGUGAAUAAACGUAAAUGACUUACAGUCAGGGGUUUUUAGUGGAUUGUGUUAAACACUUUCUCUCAUCAGCACAGACUUGUGUUCUGUGUGGAGUGUGUGGGAUCUAGUGAUAAUGUGAACCAGUUUUACCCUGAAGAUCACAUCAGAUGCACAAUGCUGCUCAAUGUCAGAGAAGACAUCUGUCUAUAACAAAGUAUUCAAAACCUGUUGUGUAAAUGCAUGAAUAAAUAGUUUACAAAUU